CACCUGCACUCACCUGCACGCUCACUCACAUUCGCACCUUCAUAAUGUCUGCCACGCCUUCUUCCACCGAGUCGCCCAUGCAGCCUCUGCAUCGUCCUAACGGCGGCGCACGCGUUGCUGUCCCGCAAGCACCGUUGGGCAACGCAACCAAUGGUCCUAAGAACAUGGGGCCUGGAGCAGGUGCGAGGGCCUUGCUUGCGAAGAGGAUGGCUAAGGGACAAAACCCAACGUAUGUCUCGCCUACGGACAACAUGUUGACACCAUGCACCAAGAAGCUUGACGCUGCAAAGAAGAAGCAUUUCACGAAGGGUACCGCCAAACCAAUGGGUAACCUUCUGAGCGCUGCGAAGGACAGUGCAGAGUCCUCUGACGACGACGACGACGACGACGACGACGCGGAGGCAGCACCUUCAUCAAAUCUUCCGACUCCCGCCGUUGAACCAUCACAGAACAAGAUGGACACAGACGACAAUCCUUUCUAAUCUCAUUACGAUUUAUUGUCUUCACGCACCCCCGACGAACAGCAUGCGAUGCGAUGUACACGCCGCCAUAGAGCUGUAUUUUCCAUCACUGUUGUUCUUGGAGUCUUCGGAGAUUCUUUUUAUUUGCGCCUCCUGGAGUUUGUAUAAGGUGUUUUUGGUACGAUUACAUAGAGCAGGCGUCGCUCAUCUUCAUCUUCAUGACCAGACCUUUUUUUAUUAUUCACGAUCGUCUUACCCCCCUCCGCCUCCACCUCGUCGCACAAGCUCCCGCCCAUCUCGCUAUCCAUUUAUGCUUUGAGCCUCUCCCUUCGUCGUCGCCAGCAUCGUCACCAUCCACCACCAUCAUCUAUAUAUGCCCCUCCUUUGUACUAUCUCGUCUCGUCAAUCGACCUCGGCGUCAGCCUGAGC